GGAAAAUACUAAAGAAGAACAAGUAUGGCUGGUGAAACCGAGGUGUUGGUGCCAUCAGACGAGGAACAGGAAGGUAGGAAGCAGUUAGAGCGCUGGCUAAACAAGAGCAUGAAGAUACAAAUGACAGAUGGCAGAACACUUAUUGGUGUAUUCUUGUGUACAGACAGAGACAGAAAUGUCAUUCUUGGAUCGUGUGAAGAAUACAUCAAAUCGCCUGACACGGAAGACAAAGAAGAACCACGGGUGUUAGGUCUGGCCAUGGUUCCCGGUCAGCACAUUGUCAGCAUCCACGUGGACGAGUCAAAGGUCAACCCAGAGCCUCCAGUGAUUUGAUUGGACACCCGAUGUCCAAUCGAAUCACAGACUUUUGCCUGAUAGUUAACAGUGUGACCAAUCAACAUUCUGAUUGUGUGAACAUCAAACUUAGAGAGCAUAUUUUUCAUUGGUUACUACAGCAAGAUUUGAAAUUCGUUUUGUGGAGAGGGAAGCAGUUAGGGUCUCCUCAAGUACUCGAGUACAUGGGCACGGGCUGGGUGUAGCAAGACUGGAGUCUUUUCAUAGGACUCGAGUACCCAUCAGGGUUCGUACAGUCUGGAAAACCUUGAAAAGUAUGGAAUGUUAAAAAUCCAUUUUCCAGAUCUGGAAAAUGUAUGGAAAAAUACCUUUUUUGCGAGUUGGUUUGGAAAAAGUAUGAAAAUUUGUCUUUAGGACUCAUGUAGAAAAGUUUGGUUGCGUGAAACCGUCGGAGCGGAAUCUUGACGAUGUUUUCCAAUGUCGGCUCUGACGUACAUUUGAGAAAUCGAGACUAACUAGUGCCGACAUUUACCGAAAAUUUGAAGUACGCGUUUGCGCAAUGCAUAUGACAAAAAGAUCGUCCAUUUUGUCAAAUUUUCCGAUAAUAUGGGGAGAUGUAUUGAGUAACGCAAGUCUUGAAAACAAUUUUUUUUGUUGAGGUCUGCAAUUUUUAUAUUUCCAAGGUGUAUGGACCCUGCCCGUGUAAGGAGGAGCACUCUCAUUUUACGUCACUUUGCCAUAUUUGCUUGCCACCGAUUACAUUACAGGGCUAUGAGACAUGGAGGGAAAACAAAAGUCGAAUGUGUGAAAUGCAAUACAAUGGCAUGAUUUGGCAUCCAUGUUCAGCGCUGGAAUUAAGAUGCAUAAUGCUAAUUUGCUAUAUUCCUUAUUCUCAUUAUCAUCUAUGGCAAGUGUCGGGUACUCUGGUCCAGGUCGAGUUUGACCCUUGAGUACUCGAGUCCAAUAAGUCGGACCCGUGAAGGCCCUAGAAGCAAUCGUUACUUCUUAGGUUUUAUUUUGUGGAGUGUGAAGUAAUCUUUACAUUUCAGUUUUCAAGAUGGAAGCAAAUAAAAUUGGUAUCAAAA